AUGUCUAAGGGUCCAGCAGUGGGCAUUGACCUUGGCACGACCUACUCCUGUGUAGGCAUAUUCCAACAUGGCAAAGUGGAGAUCAUUGCCAAUGACCAGGGCAACAGGACAACGCCCAGCUACGUUGCCUUCACCGACACAGAGAGGUUGAUUGGCGAUGCCGCCAAAAACCAGGUGGCGAUGAACCCCAAUAACACAGUCUUUGAUGCCAAGCGUUUGAUAGGGCGGAGGUUCGACGAUGCUGUGGUGCAGUCGGAUAUGAAACACUGGCCGUUCCAGGUGGUGAACGAGGGAGGCAAACCCAAGAUGUCAGUUGAGUACAAGGGUGAGAGAAAGACCUUCUACCCAGAGGAGGUGUCUUCCAUGGUCCUCUCAAAGAUGAAGGAGAUCUCUGAAGCCUACCUCGGCAAGACUGUAUCAAAUGCAGUAAUUACAGUCCCAGCUUACUUCAAUGACUCCCAACGCCAAGCCACCAAAGAUGCCGGCACCAUCGCCGGACUAAAUGUUCUGCGUAUUAUCAAUGAGCCCACGGCUGCAGCCAUUGCCUAUGGUUUGGACAAGAAGGUUGGGGCUGAACGUAAUGUCCUAAUCUUCGACCUGGGUGGUGGCACUUUUGACGUCUCCAUCCUCACCAUAGAAGAUGGCAUCUUUGAGGUUAAGGCCACUGCUGGUGACACACACCUGGGAGGAGAAGACUUUGACAAUCGCAUGGUCAACCACUUCAUUGCCGAGUUCAAGCGCAAGUUCAAGAAAGAUAUCACGGGAAACAAAAGAGCAGUCCGCCGUCUGCGUACGGCUUGCGAGCGUGCCAAACGUACUCUAUCCUCCAGCACCCAGGCGAGCAUUGAGAUAGACUCACUCUUUGAGGGCACUGACUUCUACACAUCCAUCACACGGGCGCGAUUUGAGGAGCUCAAUGCCGAUUUGUUCCGUGGCACACUAGAGCCUGUGGAAAAGGCUCUGCGCGAUGCCAAGAUGGACAAGGCACAGAUCCACGACAUCGUGCUAGUUGGUGGCUCCACCCGCAUCCCCAAAAUCCAGAAGCUGCUGCAGGACUUCUUCAAUGGUCGUGACCUGAACAAAAGCAUAAACCCAGAUGAAGCCGUGGCUUAUGGAGCAGCGGUCCAGGCAGCCAUCUUGGCAGGAGAUAAGUCUGAGAACGUCCAAGACUUAUUGCUGCUCGAUGUCACUCCUUUGUCUCUGGGUAUCGAGACGGCUGGAGGUGUCAUGACCGUGCUGAUAAAGAGAAACACCACUAUCCCCACUAAACAGACCCAGACAUUCACCACCUACUCAGACAACCAACCUGGUGUCCUCAUCCAGGUAUAUGAGGGUGAGAGAGCAAUGACAAAGGACAACAACAUCCUGGGCAAGUUUGAGCUGACUGGUAUUCCUCCCGCCCCUAGGGGUGUGCCUCAAAUUGAAGUGACCUUUGACAUUGAUGCUAAUGGCAUCCUCAAUGUGUCUGCUGUGGACAAGAGCACUGGCAAAGAGAACAAGAUCACUAUCACCAAUGACAAAGGGCGCCUGAGUAAGGAGGACAUUGAGCGCAUGGUACAGGAGGCUGACCAAUACAAAGCAGAGGAUGAAGCCCAGAGAGAUAAGGUAAUGGCUAAAAACAACUUGGAGUCCCUGGCGUUUAACAUGAAGAGCACUGUGGAGGAUGAGAAACUCAAGGACAAGAUCAGUGCAGAGGACAAGAAGGCCAUCGUGGACAAAUGCAAUGACGUCAUUACCUGGCUGGACAGGAACCAGACUGCAGAGAAAGAUGAGUACGAGUACCAACAGAAGGAGCUGGAAAAAGUAUGCAACCCCAUUAUCAGUAAGCUCUACCAGGGAGCUGGAGGCAUGCCAGGUGGUAUGCCAGGUGGUAUGCCAGGUGGCUUUCCUGGAGGAGCAGGAGGUGCCACCUCCUCUGGUCCAACCAUUGAAGAGGUUGACUAA